AUGUGGGCAUUCCGUAGGUUGGAAGGUGUGCUUCUGAUGUGGCUGGGCCUCUUAGAGUGCCAGGCUGCAUCCCACGAUUACAACACCAUUAUGCUAUUGGAUUCUGUCACCCGGGACGCCACCAAAUCUCAUUGGACAGGGCUUAAUCCUAGUGAUCCUAAACACAUGGUUGUCAAACGCGAAGCCAGCGCCUCAAGACAAUUCAUCAAAUAUCCUUGGAAUCAAAAGAUGUUUGAUGAAGCAGAGAAACAGUGGAAUGAGGUAGGCCAGUGGCAUUGUUUCAUGGUUAACCAGGUCAUUUUCUGUAUCUUCAAUCACCCUGGAUCUUCCAUGCUGGCCAACUGCAAAUCACAUGUCUCAGACCACAGCUCAGAAAAAAACAAUCCAUAUCAAUGCAAUUACAUGAUUUGUGAGGGGAGAACACAGGCAGAAAUUUUCCAGGCUCAGUCAAAAAUACAGGAGUUUUUGGUGACCACACUUGGGGUGUUCAUCCAAGGAGAAGAAAAGAUGUUGGGCCAUCAAGACCUCGAGAACAGAUUGCAGCAAUCGUCCUUGAGGGUUUCGGCACAGGUAGAUAUCUCCAUCAUCACUGAUCCUGAAAGCCAGAAACUCCAUUACUUUGUAACCAGUAUCGCACGAGGCCCGGGCAUGAUGUUGUAUGGCUCAGUCAACCUGUUAAGACCAUGCACAAAGGGUAGGACUGGUUCCGAAGGGCUUGGCUUCAGCUCGUGCGCUGUGCCCCUUACCCGAAUGACAUCCGGAGGAAGUCCAAGGAAGUCCGUAGGACUUCCGAAGGAGCACGGGAAAGUCCGGAAGGACUAUCCGGAUCCGGAUGAGUGCGAGAAACUUCCGGAGGGGUGCAGGAAAGUUCCGGAGGAACUUCCGGAAAUUACUAUGAGGUUUCGUCCUGGUACAGAUAUGUGUAAUGGCUACUCAGGAUGA